UAGCGGUUGGACGUGGAGUUAUUGUCUCUUUGCUUCGUAAAUCGGUAAAUUACGCUCGUAAAAAUAGUGACGUUGAACAGAUAUACCUAAAACGACUUUUUAUUGUGCGUUUAAAGGUGGAUUUCAGUGUUUUGUGGAACAUAGUAUGUGAGCUAACACGCUGGUUCGAAAGGAUAUUUAUUUACUUUUUUUUUAUUUCUGUGUGUGAUUACUUGGUUUAUUGUGACGGAUGAUGUGAAUUAAGAUUUAUACAGUGUUAGUGUUCUGUUUGAAACAGAAAUAGGUGUUGUGUUGUGUAUGGAGCAAGCAGAUUUCUUGGAAAAAAACAGAUAGCCUGUUCAACUUCCAAGAAUCGGCGAACUUCAGAAGACAAGUGCUAGUGAUGUGCUCGAUGCGUGUUUAUCGAUAGUGCUCUAGUGUUGUGCCAUCGACAAUGGUGUCCACGCAUCUGGUGUACAGUGUGUUCCUGAGCUUCCUUCUACAAUACUGUGUGGAGAGCCAGCAGGAGGUUCUUCUAGAAGAAUCAUCCUCAAUAGAAUCACUGCACGCGCCCACCGGAGGGGGGGUGGAGCUACCUUGUGACGUCACACCGACGCUGCCUGGCGACAGGAUGGGGCUGGUUAUCUGGUACAAGCAAGGCCACGACUCGCCCAUAUACUCAUUGGACACGAGGGAAGGUGUGACGUCACAUUGGUCCGACCCCCGCACCUUGGGGUCAAGGGCCACGUUUAGAGCUGACACCGAACCUGCUGUGUUAGUGCUUACAAAGUUAAGACCGGAGGAUAGCGGCCAGUAUCGUUGCAGGGUAGAUUUCAUCAAGUCACCUACUAAGAACACAAGGCUCAAUCUCACUGUACUAAUACCACCAGAAAGGCUGAUUAUCCUAAACCAGGAAGGCAACGAGAUUCAAGGCGGCAUUCUUGGACCUUAUGACGAGGGCGCUGAUGUCAAUUUGACUUGCAUCGCUGUUGGAGGUCGCCCCACGGCGAGGGUAUCGUGGUGGAAGGCUCACGCUCUACUUGCCAACUCGGAAGCCAGGGCAACUGUCUCCUUCAGGCUUCAACGGUCGGACUACGGCACUGAUGUCACUUGUCAGGCCGUGACCGACCCUUCCAUACCACCCGUGUUGGAGACGUUGUCUAUAGACGUUAACCUGAGGCCUCUUUGGGUGCGUCUGCAGGGAGGCAAGCGCCCUCUGGUCGCGGGGCAGAGCACCGAGCUGGUGUGCCAAGCCGUCGGGGCCCGUCCGAAACCUACCAUCACCUGGUGGAAGGGCGGCACCAAGCUGAAAACUUUCAGGGAGACUAGCUCAACAGACGGCAACGUUACCAGCAGCAUCCUGACAUUUGUACCGGCAAUAGAAGACGCGGGGCGAGUGUUGUCUUGCAGAGCUGCUCAGCCUACCCUGGAUGGGAUAGCGCAUGAAGAUGGAUGGAAGCUGGAGAUACAACAUCUACCAGUAGCAAAACUGGAGCUGGGUGCCAAUCUUGACGCCAACAAGGUGGUGGAGGGAUCUGACGUGUACCUCGACUGCAGGGUGCGAGCCAAUCCCUGGCAUAACCAUGUCUACUUCAGUCACAAUGGAGUAAUAGUGAAGCCCGGGCCAGGGGUCCUCCUAGCCAACCAGAGCCUGGUACUACAGAGAGUGUCCAGGAAGGCCGCUGGGGCAUACGUGUGCACCGCCCGGAAUAGCCUGGGAGAUGGCUCUAGUGAGAGACUCAUAUUGGAUGUCAAGUAUUCCCCGACUUGCAAGUCUUCGCAACCAACAGUGAUGAGGGCAGCAAGAGGGGAAGUCAUAGAAAUAGAAUGUGAUCUGGACGCCAAUCCCAAGGAGCCAAUGUCAUACCACUGGUGGUUCAACAGUUCAGCUCAUAGCAAACAUGAACUCACCACCACAUCUACCAUGAACGCAGCUCAAAAUAUGCAAGGGUCAUUUCUGUAUAUGGUGAACACUUCAGCUGACUACGGGUGGGUGCAAUGCUCCGGAACCAACUCAGUGGGGAGACAGUCCAAACCUUGCUUGUUCCACAUUCUACCUGCAGAUAAACCAUCGACCGUGAAAGCAUGCGAAAUAACGAAUGUCACUUACGACUCUCUGACACUGAACUGCACGCCUGGCCACGACGGAGGGAUCAGGCAGUCAUUUCAACUACAGGUCUUCGACAUGGGCACAGGAGGUCUCCUUCGGAAUGUGAGCAACGAUGAACCAGAAUUCGAAGUAUCUGGUCUAUCGUCGAGUAACUCCUUAGCGGUGCUAGUCAGGGCUUUCAAUAGAAAGGGAGCGAGCGAACCUCUUACGCUCACUUCCAGCUUGCUUAAGUACCCUGAGCGACAUACCGCCCAAGUGCCAGUGAAGGUGGAACUGACUACGGUGUUGAUAAUCGUACUGGCUGCAGUCGGGGUCAUAGCCACUAUGACUGCUCUGUCGGCUGUCGUGUUCUGCUGUCGGUACUGCAACAAGAGAGACAAUAAAAACGAGAAAGACAAACGGCAACAGGAUGAGACCUCCAACAUACCGCUUACAGGGACUAAGGAGUCUGAAAGUGUUGAUAGUUUAGACAAGAAUCCGGAUAUAAUUCCGCUUGACGGCAAGAUCAGUGACAGUUGUUCCAACAAAUCCUCGACCACAGAUUACAGCUCCAUUCGCCCGCUUAUCUCGAAGACACCUUCGGACAAAUAUGACUCCAUACCGCCUAAUUGUGAUCGCUACUACGAUCAUAAUAUCGAUCCUUGCAAUCAGUAUAUUCAGGUGCGUCCAAUGGAGUACAGAGUACGCCCAACAUACCAGCCCAACAUCAUGCCGAACCUAGGUCCCAGCAUACAAAGCCUAGGGCCCAUGACCAGUCUGGGCCAUAUGGCCAACGUUGGGCCAGAGUGCCACAGACAGUACGACAAGGUUUACGAAGACUGGCUGAAGUAUAAAAAUGCUUUGCCAUUAAACACCAGUGGUUUGCUACCAGCCGAACAGCUGAUGCCUCCCGAGCUGUAUGCAACCCCGCCGCCACCCGCUAUCUACAGCAACCCGAAUCGCAACCCGCUCAACCUAGCACAAAUGCCGGACCUAGAACCAAGGUACCACCUGGAGCCUAGGUCUCUAGUAGACUCUAGAAGUUGCUCGAACAGUCCUCCAGUGCGGUUCAACACAGACACCAACAGUGUCUACUUCAGCAAGAACGUGGUGGACAGGCCUACUAACACCUUGCCGCAUUUGAAGCCUAGGAAUAAUGGUAAUUCCCAAAAUUCCCCAAGCGAGGGAAAGUCAAAUGCGACAAAUUCGACAGAUCACAAGCACAGUCAAGAGUGCUAAAAUAAGACAAUCGGUGAAUUUACUAACAUUAAUUAAUUAGUUACAAGUGAAAAACUAUGACUUUAAAUAUAAAUAUGUAAAGUGUAAAAAGAACUUAGUUAUUGAAAAAAGUUUGGAGUUUAAAAAGUUCGACCCGUCCGAUUAUUACCUACUUUCUUUUCGUUUAGAAAUUGUGUUUAAAUUUUAACGUUUUAUUUUUAUUUUUUGAUGUGCAUGCAAAGGUUUUAGACCAUACAGCCUUUUUAUUGUCAUCCAGUUAUUUCCUGUAAGAAAAAAAGCAAGAUUUUUGUAAAUUCCAGCUACCUAAUUAAGUUUCGUCGAAACUUUUACUUUGAUUGUUUGUGAAGUGAAGAAUAAAAAUCUUAAAAUAUAUGAUCACUGCCAGGUAGUUAUUACGUGUGUUGAUUCUUAUCGCCAAUCGCUAUCAACGAGUUAGAAUCGUUUAUUUGGAAAUUCAUUGUAAUGUCUCGAAUCAAGAAUACUACUUAAGUGUUAAGGUUGGCAAAAGUUUACGUACUUUUUCGUGCGUUUUCACGGCCAACAUUUUCCUCCUCGCGCGCUGUUAAUCGCUUUAAGUCUGCUUCAGACUUUUUCUUCCAAAUAAAUAGACACACAUUAUACACAAUAGGUUCGAAAAAGCAAUAGUCUUGCUCCCUAUUACAUAGGAUUUAAACAUAGCUGGCGAGGAGUGGGUGUAUAUAUACAUAUAUACACGCCUGUAUACCCGUAUAUGUAUAUACUAUACACCUUUUCCUACCCAUACGGGUAUACAGGCGUGAUACUAUGUUAUGUUAUGUAAAGUGAAGCUACGUUUCCACUUGGCAACAUUUGGCGCGCGACAUGUUGCACAACAUGUUGCGCGGAACUUUUUGUUUAACAACGUUGUCUGUCUACGCAUGUACUACACGUCUGUCGACGACAACAACUAGUGUUGUUGCGUCACGUCUCCACUUGACAACAGUUGAUGCUCAAUUAAAGAUGAUCACUAAACAAUCAACAAGCCGCGCGACAUUUUACGCUUCAGCUGGCAACGUCGCUCUUUUGCUCUUUGUUGUGCAACGUUGUCGUACAUGUUGAGCGUUAAGUGUUGCGCGUUAAUUGUUGCGUAGUUGAUACGAGGCUUGAAGUCUACAGAAUUUAGAAAGUAUUAUUUUACCUGGCACAUAUCUGUCUGUAAUAUUACGGUCGGUGACGUAACAUUUAUUGCAGUCUGUUAGUGACACCGUAACGAAAAAAAAAAAUAUCUACUUGAUUGUACUUAAAACGAGUAGGUGUUGUUCUUGUCCUGGCCACAUUCAUCCAAGUGUAUCCAAUAAAGUAUCUAUUUACCUACCUUUCUGUGCAGUUAGUGCUUUAGUACUCUUGAUUUGAGAAACUAGUCUUACAAGUUGGUAAAUUGUUAUGUCAAUUUGUAUAUUAAGAAUUGUGUAGUCACGCACAGGUACUCAAAGGUGUAUUAAGACUGAAUUUGUAUUACAAUUGGUAGAUAAUCAAACAAAUUUCGUUGAAACCCGCUGUUCGAUAAGGUACUUAUCUUUUCUACUUAAUUUUUACAAUUAUUAGUGUUGACUAUCAUCAUUAUAGGCCUAAAACGUGUGAUUUUAAAUCUAUGAGUCGUAUAUAUCAAGAUUCGUGAAAUAACGGUUAUAUUUACACAUAACGUUGUAUGUAACGUUAUUUUUACAUAAAUUUCUGCAUGUGAAAACGGAUUAAGUCACAAAUUGUUUCAAGUGAAUCUUAAAAUUGUUUACUCAUAAGACAUGCGGUCGAAAAAAAUGCAUGCAAUGUUACACGACGCCAAAUGUACUGUGUUGCGUGUCAUGUUACAUGAUGUGUUACAAAUUGAACUUUGAUAUACGAUAAAUGUAUCGAUUUUUAUAUACCGUAAGUUCCAGCACGUUAUUGCUAUAAUAUCUUUCGUUGCUGUAACACAUACCAAACAUGAAAUGCAACAUAACAUGUAACAUGUUAUGAGUAUCCGGGUUAAGAAUUGUUUUUCUAACAUAAUCGCAAAAGCAGACUGGGUGUAGUUAAAAAAAUGUUGUAAUUGUACAUAUUUAUUGUAAAUAUUAAUAUUAACAUUAAAAUCCAUUAAGUACGUUAUACGAAAAGUUGCCAUAUUAAGUUAAAAUAUAGAAUUUUAAGCAACAUAUUAAAGUGUCUAAUAUAAAUAGUAUAUUAUGAAAAAAUCGAGCUUUAUGUUGUGAAAAAAAUAAUUUUCUUUUUAACUUUAUUCGUGCACGAGAUUUUAAAACUUAAUUAUUAAAAAAACACUUGAAAAGUGGUUUUCGCACGCUGUCAGACAUAAUUAUGUUUCAAGAAUUUGGAGUUUUAAUUGUUGAAAUUCAAAUACUGUAAGCUUCUCGAAGCUGUGUUGUUUAAAUGUAAAAUAUAUAAUAGUUAAUUGCAAAUAUUUAAUGUGAUAAAGUUACUCCGUAUUUCAAUUAAGGCUAAUCCAUGAGUCGAAAUCUUGUUUUCAAAUUCAAAAGAGAAAAGUAAAUCUUUAAAAGUAAAUCCUUGUCUUUAUAUUUUUUAUUUUUUUGUCUCGAGACAAUUGAUCAAGACUUAUUUAAAAAGUAUAAAAACGGUUUUAAAUUGACUCAUGGACACACAAUUCCACUAAUAGUUUUAUAAUUUUAUUUGCAUUAACAAUAAUUUAUUUUUUAAGUUUUUACAGACCAAAUGAAUCCUUGACAAUGUUAGUAAUAUUUUUAACAAUUAAUUUUAAUCCUUAGUUGUAUAAAUAGAGCCAUGACUUUGAUUUUAUACACAGUGAGCAUAUACUUUACUGAGUUUUAAAAGUUUUAAUGAAAGACAUUUUAAAACUUUUAACAGGAAGUAUAUCCAAGGGAACACAGCAUGAAUAGUCUUUUUUUUAAAUAAGCAAAUUGUGUUUAAUCAUUUAUGACAUUACAAAUGCCGAAUCACAAGACGUGAUUUGAAAUUCGAAGAUCUGGGAAUCAAACUUUGGUUCUUCUGUACGAAAUGCGAACAUAUUAAUUACCAAUUUAUUAAUAAUUCUAAUUCUAUUUCUCUUUUGUUUUUUCCUGUUUGUGCAAUAAAUUAUUUGUUAUGUUAUGUUAAUAAAUAAUUUCGAUAAAAAUGCCCUAAUCGCAAAAUGAGGGAUUCCUUUCGAACUCGGACAUUCUGCUAAAUAUACAUUUUAGGAAAAGAGGAACAUUGGUUGAAAAGGACAUUUUGUAACUAAGGAUAAUAAAUAAAAAAAUGCACAAAAUAAUUAUGAACUCUACGGUCACUGUUUACUAUUUUGGUUUAGAAAAAAAAUAUCUUCUCUCGUGUGGGUUGUGAGACCAAUGCUCGAUUCUCAUCAACCCUGGUGUCAGGGUUACUAUCGAACCAAGGCCCAUGAUAUCGCCCAUAAAACAACUACAUCUUACUUAAGUAAAUAGCCGCGACCGACUGCUUAACAUGCCCUCCGAAGCACAUAUCAUCUUACUUACGAACAAUUGUGUGAUCAGCCUGUAAUGUCCUAACCAAACUAGGGAUCACAAAGUAAUUUUUUGUGGUCCCCACCGGUAUUUGAACCCGGGACCUCCGAAUCGUGAGCCCAACCACGACCACGGAAGCCGUAAUUAAUUACUAUUUAUUUAAAACAAAAACUAUGAAAAUGCAAAUUAGGUUGGACCUUAAAAGCCUUUGCCAACUCAUACUGUGUUCCCUAAUGUGUGCUCGACAGUACAUGAUUGAUUCGCUUAAUGCGCUUUAGUGUUUAUUUUGUACAGUCGGCGACAAAAGUGCUCAACAUGGUUUCUUUGAAUGAUAGUCUAAAGGUUGUAAGCACCUUUUGCGCUGACCGUACUGUUGCCUAAUUUAAGUUAUAAGUUACUUGUGAUGUAAAAUUCCUUUUGAAGAUAAUAAAUGUGACUUUUUAA